GCGCGGGCUUGGUGCAGCCGGAUGCACCCUUCCUCCUCGGGCAGGGCGCGCUUCCUGUUGCUGCUUGUCCUUUUAAAGUGAAGUUCACGUUUCUCGGCUUUUCGACUUUCAUCUCAUUUUGCCUGGUAUUGUGCUGUCAUCUGUUGAUAACCAAAGACCUUCACUCUUUUAGAAUGUCACCUCAAGGGUGGUUUUCUCUACUGUGUGAAACAAGUCAGAGGCAUUUUUGUUUGGUCCUUCUCUAGAGAGACUGUUCAUAUCCUGUUAUUUUCAGAGGGUUGUGACAUACAGCAUUUUUGCAGUGAGUUCUUCAAACUCGUCCUAAAAUAAGACCGUCCAGAUUGUAAUCUGAAGUGCUCCGCUAAAAUCAAGGUUACGGUGAAAGAAGAACGCUGGCUCUGUUAAAGACUUUACCAUUAGUGUCACUGGGAGGGCCGGGGUGGCGCAAAUGGGUAAGCACUCGGCCACUGACCAAAAGGUCGGAGGUUCGAGUCCACCCAUAGGUACCUUGCAAGAAAGGCCUGGAGACCUGCUUCCAAAAAACCAGCCAUUGAAAGCCCUAUGGAGCCCAGUUCUACUCAGACACACCUGGGGUCAGCCUGAGACGGAAUCGACUCCACGGCUACUGGUUAGAGUCGGUGGGGGCAUUUCCACUUUUUCUUUUAGUAUCUAAGUUCAGCUACUGCCUUGUAAAUGCUGCUCGCGGAGGCCCAUUUUUUGUUCUCACGCAUUGAGUUGGCUGAGGAAGGCACGUAAGGCAGACACUUAAAAAUACAGGUUUACCUCGUUGACUGCGACUUCCUGAAAUCAGACUCCUCCUGAACAAUGCGACGGGAACAAAUACAAUUUCAAAACUGACCCCAAGAUACAGAGCAGCACAUCAGCAACAAAGGACAUGGCCCAGACGUGGGACAGCACGGACAGACGCUGAACGGGCUUUGCAGUGCAUGGGGGACCGUGACCCCUUUCCGUGACAGGGCCCCUCCAGUGCCACCUCCGUGCCCUACCCUGUCGCCAGCUGCCUCCCUGCCCUGUGCGCAGAGGGAAGCAGGUGUGGCUGGGGAAUAGCAGAGACCCCAGCCCCGCUCAUCUGAUCCCCGGUCUGUCUCUGGGAGGCGUGAGGCGUGGGGGAAAUCCUUGGCUGAGCCCCAGAGAGACCCAGCAGGUGGGAGCAGGCCUGUCUGCAGGUGCGACCGCAGAGUGGGCAUGUUGACCGUGUCAAGGACAUCAGCUCCCUGCCCAGGAAGAAGACGCACGCUGGGUCUUUGCUUCUAGUCUCGCAGCCUGACAUUGCGGAAGCAGUUUGUCCAGGAAGACCCUCAGAGCCCCGCCCUUUUCCUUUUCAACACCCCCACCGACCCCGGAACAAGGAAGACGUCCCUUCAUUUCCUGGGAGCCCAGUUUAGAAACCCUGGUGGCAUAGUGGUUAACAGCUACGGCUGCUAACCAAAAAGAGCAGCAGAGAGUGAUGCUGCUGAGCAGGUCACCCUCGGGGCCCAAGAAGUACUUCCCCAUCCCCGUGGCGCAGCUGGAGGAGGAGAUCCGAAUGCGCUCGGCGGAUGACUGCAAGCGCUUCCGUGAAGAGUUCAACUUGUUACCAUCGGGACACGUGCACGGAACUUUCGAACAGGCAAAUAAAGAAGAAAACAGAGAAAAAAACAGAUACCCCAACAUCCUUCCCAAUGAUCAUUCCCGGGUGAUUCUGAGCCACGUGGAUGGAAUUCCCUGUUCCGACUAUGUUAAUGCUUCGUACAUAGAUGGUUACAAAGAAAAGAAUAAAUUCAUAGCUGCUCAAGGCCCUAAACAGGAAACGGUGAAUGACUUUUGGAGAAUGAUCUGGGAACAAAAAUCUGCAACCAUUGUCAUGCUGACUAACCUGAAAGAAAGGAAAGAGGAAAAGUGCCAUCAGUACUGGCCGGACCAGGGCUGCUGGACAUAUGGGAACAUCCGCGUGUGUAUGGAGGACUGCAUAGUCUUGGUGGACUACACCGUCAGGAAGUUCUGCAUCCAGUCCCUCCCUGACGGCUGCAAAGCCCCCAGGCUUGUCUCCCAGCUGCACUUCACCAGCUGGCCCGACUUCGGGGUGCCUUUCACACCCAUCGGAAUGCUGAAGUUCCUGAAGAAAGUGAGGACGCUCAACCCCACACACGCUGGGCCCAUCGUGGUCCACUGCAGCGCGGGUGUGGGCCGGACAGGCACCUUCAUUGUGAUUGACGCCAUGAUGGAUAUGAUGCACACGGAGCAGAAGGUCGAUGUCUUCGAGUUUGUCUCGAGAAUACGCAAUCAGCGCCCGCAGAUGGUUCAAACAGACAUGCAGUACACGUUCAUCUACCAAGCCUUACUGGAGUACUACCUCUAUGGCGACACGGAGCUGGACGUGGCCUCCCUGGAGAAGCACCUGCAGACGCUGCACGGCUCCGCCAGCCACUUUGACAAGAUCGGGCUGGAGGAGGAGUUCCGGAAGUUGACAAAUGUCCGGAUCAUGAAAGAGAACAUGAGGACAGGCAACUUGCCAGCGAACAUGAAGAAGGCCAGGGUCAUCCAGAUCAUCCCGUAUGACUUCAAUCGCGUGAUCCUUUCCAUGAAAAGGGGACAGGAAUACACGGACUACAUCAAUGCAUCCUUUAUAGAUGGCUACCGACAGAAGGACUAUUUCAUCGCCACCCAGGGGCCGCUGCCGCACACGGUGGAGGACUUCUGGAGGAUGAUCUGGGAGUGGAAGUGCCACACAAUCGUGAUGCUGACUGAGGUCCAGGAGCGCGAGCAGGAAAAAUGCUACCAGUACUGGCCAGCAGAGGGCUCCGUUACCCACGGAGAAAUAACCAUCGAGCUCAAGAGCGACACCCUGUCUGAGGCCAUCAGCAUGAGAGACUUCCUGGUCACCUCCAGCCAGCCACUGAGUCGGCAGGAGGACCAGAGCCGCGUGGUGCGCCAGUUCCACUUCCACGGCUGGCCCGAGGUGGGGAUCCCCGCAGAGGGCAAGGGCAUGAUCGACCUCAUCGCGGCCGUGCAGAAGCAGCAGCAGCAGACGGGCAACCACCCCAUCACCGUGCACUGCAGUGCCGGAGCUGGGCGAACGGGUACCUUCAUUGCACUCAGCAACAUUCUGGAACGAGUCAAAGCCGAGGGGCUCUUAGAUGUGUUUCAAGCUGUGAAGAGUUUACGACUUCAGAGGCCACAUAUGGUGCAAACCCUGGAACAGUAUGAAUUCUGCUACAAAGUGGUACAAGAUUUUAUUGAUAUAUUUUCUGAUUAUGCUAAUUUCAAAUGAAGAUUCUGCCUUAAAAUAUUUUUUAAUUUAAUGGUCAGUAUAUUUGUAAAGAUCAUGUUAAUUUAUUUCACAGUUGACAUUAAUAUUCUUCCUAAUUUCUUUGUACAUAUUUUGUUAAGCUUUACAGACCACUAGCUAAGCAACCAUUAAAUUGUAAAUACCCUUUUUAAAAAUUGGAAUCAUGUGUUUAGGUCAAAUAAUAUCCCAUAAAUAUAUAUCUCUGCUAAUGUCAGUAAAUAUUCCCAUUUUUUCAUUAGAUUCAUAUCAUUCAGUUUCACACGUUCGGCACUUUGAAAUGUUGGCAAUCUUAAUGCAAGAUUCUAUACCCAAAGUUCGUCACUGAGAAAACAGUCGAGGACUCAGAAAUCAGCUGAAAAUUCAAUGUCCUAACACUGAUUGUCCAACCCUGAGCAGCAGCAUUUUUUCUUUUUGGAGGGGAAGGCAAGCUGUUGGCUGUUUGUGAAGAUCCAACAUACACAGGGAAUUUUCUAAAGCUGCCAGUUUUGGCCCUGGUGAUUUAUUUUUCCAUUUUAAAGAUCAAAGAGGACUUUACAGCAUGAGUGCAGGUCUAAAAGGCAUUAGCGAAGUGUGUGGCUGUACAGUGAUAUUUAAAAUGUACUUAUUCAAGGCCGUGUGUGUGCAAUCUUAACUAGGUGAGAAGACACCCAAAUGCCAGGUGGUCCGGUUUGCCCAUGGCCUUGGGGACAGCAAAGCCGCCAUCCUGGCUGCCUUCCCCAGCACCACUUGCUGCCCGCCCCUCUGUCUGUGGCCUCAGAUAGCCCUCUGAGACUCAAACCCACAGCACCCCUCUGCCGUGCUGUUCUGCCACAGCCACCUCUGCGGUCCUCAGCUAUGUCUGUAGGCUCAACCAAAACCGUCUCCCAUCCCAAACGUUCGGAUAAAGCCGGACGUUUGACACACAGAAGCAAGGAGCUUAGGUUCGGGAAGAAACAAUCGGGUGACCACAAGCAAUUAGACUGUAAAUUUUCUGAGAAGCAUUUUGGUAUUUAAAAAUCUCUUGUAGAAAACUAAGAUUGUUUGUAAGGGAAAAACAAAAUCUUAAAAUCUAUUUAGAUUUAUAUAGGUUUUUAAUACCCAGCGCACAAUAUUUAAUAAAAGAGAGAGAAAUCCUUAAUCUAGAAGUUAACUUAUUUUUGGAUGGAAAUACUACUGAGACCUUUGACCCUGGAUAGGACUGGACCCACUGCCAGACGCGACUGGCUGAUGGGGCAAAAAAGGGGGAAAACGAGUGCCGAAAUGUGUAAUGUGAUAACAGUUACCUUUCUAUGACCAUUAGGUACCUAGCAGAUAAGCACAAUACAAAAAA